CGGCGCGGCGCUCCCCGCCCCCUCCGUGCCCGGAAGUGCGGCGGCGGCUCGGCGGCGGCUCCUCGGCGGGGCCGUACGGGAGCCGCGAGGGGCCGCGAUGCGGCUCCGCCACCGCCCGGCCUCGCCGCUUCCGCCUCCCGCCGCUGACCGCUGGCCGCCCGCCCCGGCGCUAUGAGAGCCGCCGCGCCCCGGAGAAUUACUGAAGUCUGGAUUGCUAUUUUGAUACUAUAACCUGCAAUAAGUGGCAAUGUCAAGGGUUCCCACCCCACCUCCUCCUGGGGAGAUGUCCAGUGGACCUGUGGCUGAAAGCUGGUGUUACACACAGGUUAAAGUAGUAAAAUUUUCCUACAUGUGGACCAUUAAUAACUUCAGUUUCUGCCGAGAAGAAAUGGGUGAAGUUUUAAAGAGUUCUACCUUUUCAUCAGGGCCAAAUGACAAAAUGAAAUGGUGCCUGAGAGUGAAUCCAAAGGGAUUAGAUGAUGAAAGCAAAGACUACCUGUCAUUAUAUUUGCUUUUAGUCAGUUGUCCAAAAAGUGAAGUCAGAGCAAAAUUCAAAUUUUCCCUGCUGAAUGCUAAAAGAGAAGAAACUAAAGCAAUGGAAAGCCAAAGAGCAUAUCGGUUUGUGCAAGGCAAGGACUGGGGUUUUAAGAAAUUCAUCCGAAGAGAUUUUUUACUAGAUGAAGCUAAUGGUCUUUUACCAGAUGACAAGCUUACGUUAUUUUGUGAGGUAAGCGUGGUCCAAGACUCAGUAAAUAUAUCAGGACAGUCUAAUACAAACACUUUGAAGGUACCUGAAUGUCGACUAGCAGAAGAUUUAGGGAAUCUCUGGGAAACAACAAGAUUUACAGAUUGCAGUUUUUAUGUAGGAGGACAAGAAUUCAAAGCUCAUAAAUCUGUCCUUGCAGCACGAUCUCCAGUUUUUAAUGCAAUGUUUGAACAUGAAAUGGAGGAAAGCAAAAAGAACCGUGUGGAAAUAAAUGAUGUAGACCCUGAAGUUUUUAAAGAAAUGAUGAGAUUCAUUUACACAGGAAAAGCACCAAACCUUGAAAAAAUGGCUGACAACUUGUUGGCAGCUGCAGACAAAUAUGCACUGGAACGGCUGAAGGUCAUGUGUGAGGAAGCACUCUGUAGUAACCUCUCGGUAGAAAAUGUUGCUGACAUUCUUAUCCUCGCAGAUUUGCACAGCGCUGAACAGUUAAAAGCACAAGCAAUAGACUUUAUUAACAGGUGCAGUGUUCUUAGACAACUUGGGUGUAAAGAUGGGAAAAACUGGAAUAGCAACCAAGCAACAGACAUAAUGGAAACAGCAGGCUGGAAGUCCAUGAUCCACUCCCACCCUCACUUAGUAGCAGAGGCCUUUCGCGCACUAGCAUCUGCACAGUGUCCACAGUUUGGCAUUCCACGCAAACGGCUAAAACAGUCAUGAAAUCUUCCAUGAACUUAGAGAAAUUGAAUUGACUCUACUCCUCCAUGUCCAGAGGUGUUUUCACAAACCAUAACAAGAGUUUUUGUUAUCCUUGUACACAGAACAGAAGCUGAAAAAGCCUCUUGUUUGCUUUUCAGAUGGAUAAUUUAUGGUUUAAUCCUCAGCUUUAAAUUAGACUGAUUACUCUAAUUCACUGAAAGGCCUUAAAUUAUCUUCAAUGACUCUAGUCCAUAUAGUUUAAUGUAUCUUGAUUUUUUUAUUAUUAUUAUUUUUUAAUGUGCCUUGUCUUUUUGACUAGGCUCUGCAGGAUUGCACUAGCUCCAUAAUGCAGUAAAGUUGAUAACUGAAGAUUAAUUUUUGAAAGGGAUCUUCCAUUAUUUUCAGAAGAAAAAAGAUUAUUAUAGUUUGGUCCUGUGCUAACUGGAAGGUUUUAACUAGCCUCUCAUUGAAAGCACUUGAACCAGAGGCGUGUAAUGUACCCUAGGCAAGUGCUAAGUAUAGGGAGAGCCUGUUUACCUUCAGCGAAUGCCUACAGGCUAUUUAUGGCAAUAUACUGCUUUGAACAUAAUUUAUUUUUCAUUGUGGGGCAAAUAUGCAAUGGUUUGGCCCAAAAAUGUAUUUUCAUUACAGUUUGUAAUGCUUAUUGUGUGUGUGUCAAAGCUGUCCAAACGGUGAAAAGAAACACAGAAUAAACCUCUUACUUGUGUUUCUUUACGGUCCAUCACUAGUUUACAUUUAAUGCAGAACUGAAUGAGAGGCAAGGAGUUCAAUGUGAAAACAGAAUAGUAUUGUGUAUGGAGAAAUAUAUCCCACAUGUACGGUUACAUAGCAAAGUAAAGGAUGCAUAGAAUGACCAAAUGUAAAUUGAAGAAAUGGGCCAAAUGGAUUAUAUGCACUUUUAACGUGUAACUUUUGUAUGUUGUGUGGUACAUAUAUAUUUUGCUUUUGAUGAAUUAAUGAGGUACAGGUAAUUGUGGCUUAACUUUUUAGAUACAUUUUCAGAUGCCCACAGCCACAUGGGAUUUAGUUUUGUUAGAAGAGAAAGGCAUGUCUUUUUAAGACUCAGUUGAAGGUGACUAUUGCAAGCUUUUGUAUUUAAGUAACAGAAUAUUUUCUCUUAUUUGAAAAAAGCAUGUGAAAGAUAAAAUUCUGGAGGAGGGAUUUUUCCCGUCUUGAUGUGUGUGCACAGUUUCUGUUAACACCUGGGGAGGCUGCAUACACAUCAAGAGGAAUAUUUCCCUGAAAUGUCAGAUGGUGUUUGCAAGCAGAGACUUGCUCAGUCUUGCAUUUCAGUUAUUGUGCUAGCAUUGUGGAUGAUAUUGAAAUUCUGCAUAAUGUGAAAAGGAUGAAACAUUUGUAAACUGCUUGUCAUGGGCCAGUUCUUUAUUAUAUGAACCUUAGCUUUAAUACCAACAUCCUCAGUGUUUGAUAGCUUUGUUUACAAUUGGGAGGAAAAGUCUGCAGUAGUGCACACUCUAAAUGUUUCCUGAGUUAUUACAUUAAGUUUACUGUAAUAGUGAUAAUACAUUGUAUUUCUUCUUUGGGAAGACUUUGGUUUAGUGCUGGAGAAUGGGAGGAGAUCUCACCUAAUUUAUAAUCAUUUUUGGAUAAAGGUUUUAGUUUGCCUAGUAAAAAAAAAAAGUUAUGCAGGGAGGAGAGAGGAGGAAUUCCACAUUGUUUACUAUCUUAAAAUCUAUCUGCAUCCUCAUUUCAUUAAGAUUCAUCUGAAUUGCUCUAAAUGAAAUUUUUAGAGGAAAGAGUAUAUAGUUUUAUACUUUGGUGUCUAGUGAACCACUAGCAAAGACAAAUUGGAAGAAACGCCCGGGCCAAUUUCUAAAUAAAAUAACCUCUAAACAUGCAUUUUCUUACCUUCUAACUAAAUCUUUAUGGUGGAUAAAGUGUAAAAUCAGAAACUUUAAUAGUACAUAAGGCAUCAAAUUAUAUAUUUACAGAGAUUUAUCCUUUUAUCAAUUUUUAAAUAUUUAUCUAAGGUCUCAUAAGCAUUCUUCACAAUAAGACGUAAAGGUAAUUGUUCCCUCCAAAAAGUGAUGUUUUUGCUGCACUGUGUAAUGUGUUAGAACUAAAUAUCCUCAUACCCAUCACUGGUAAAACUUGCAGCUCUAACGUACCAAGUGACUUGAAUAUUUAAUACUGUAAUGAUUGUCCAGUUCAGCUUGUUCUAAAGUAACAGCAUACAGUAAUCUAAUGGAACGCUUAAGGAUUUUAUGAAGACUUUUUCAGAAGCUUAAUAGCACACUUUGUACCAAAAAGUCAGACACUGUGCUGUGAUAUUAUCUACGUUGUGAAGUGUCCACUUUUCAAGUUAGGCAGUGUAUACCAUACAUUACACUAACAGGGAGGAAAAAAAAAAACACAAAUCAUGACUGAUCUGUUGAGAUUUGGUUUUAUUUAUUAUGUAUAUUAAGUUUUAUCAGCUCUUAAGGAAAAGGUAAAACAGUUGCUGUAUUCUUAAGUGAGUGCACUAACUAUUCACCCCUUCUAUUCUCUAACUACAUGCAGUGUUCUCACUGGAGCAGGACAGCUGAUAACUGCAGCGUUCAUCAGACUCAGUAGCUUGUUUUCAUUCCCCACAUCUCAAGAGCUCGCCCUUCAAAACCUCAGUUGUCAGUUCUAAGUGCAGAAGAUAGAGAACUAUCUAUUACAAUGGACAGGUUUUUUUCAGGCUGAAGUCUUUAGGGUUUUUUCUUAGUUUUGUAUACAGAUUAGGAAUAUAUUGUAUGAAGGUGCCAUGUUUUGGCUUGCCAACACUACUCCCUCGGAUAUAUGUGAACCACCGCUUCCAUACUUUUCUGGGGAGAACCCUGCAUGUGUCCUGUGUGUGCGUGCGUGUGUGUGUGUAUGACUGUGCGGUGUUUUUUUUGUCAAGAAUGACUUUCUAAAAAUAAGGACUCAAUUUGCUGUUAAAAUGCUAUUAUGUAUUAUAUAUUUUUUUUCCAUUUGGACCUCUCCUAAGGAGAUGCUUUGGGUGGAAGAGGCUUCAAUAAACAAUCCUUAUUUUCUAGUCCAUUUACUGCAUGCAGAAGUAUAAACACAUUGUGCCUUUUUUAGGAAACUGUUGCAAUGAAGGGAAGAUUUAACAGGAUACAAGAUCUUUUAAAAAGGUAUCUUUAAAGGUGAAGGAGAAUAUUUGACAUGUGGUUGAGUAAAAGUUACAGGUUAUAUCUUUGAACUCUGUUGCAUGUUGACUCUUGCUUCCACAAUUAAGUUUCCCUGAGAACCUACCCUGGUUUCAGUGUGGAAACUGCAAAAAUGUGGAAUUACGGAUACAAGUUGAGUAAUGGUAUAUUUUGUGAAAAUGUGAACAUAUUUGCUGUUACAAGCUGAGUGUAUGUCAAAAUAUGAUAAUCAUGGAUACAGAGUUAGUUUUACAAGUUACUCUAGUUUUGAUGUUUUUCUAAACAUUGAGUGUUUAGCAUAAAAUUCACCUUUGCACAGGUCAGUAGAAGACCUACAUGGAGAUGAUGUUCCUUUUAAAUCCUCAUGGUAAGGUUUCUCCCUUGGGAGAUUAAAAUAAUGUGCAGUACUUGAAACUGUGUUUCAUAAGACAGUGAAUUGCAAAUGUGAGGUAUUGCUGCCUGAAGUUGUUGAAUUACGUUGACUUUUGCAGUUGGUUAAAAUUCCUUAUCUUAAUUGAUUUUUUUGUAUUUGACAAAUGGAAUGUUCUUUAUCUGGUGUUGAUAGCAUAUUUAGUACAGAGCUUAGCUCAUUAGCUAGCAAGACACUGACUUAGUCUCAUAACUCGGCUUCUGCUUACAGUAAAUGGACUGUUUGUAAAGGGAAUUCACUAUUUCAAGUGUUUUGCAAGGAACUUCACUGUAUUUGUAACCUGGUUUUUGAAGGCUUGAGAUACAUGAGUCCUAUUUUAGAAAUUAAGUCAGUGAAAUGACUUAGACCUGUUUUGGGGUGGAAAUGAUUAAGAGAAUUCAGAUAUGUAAACAGUUGUAUCAAACCAUCCAGCCUUUUUUUAUCAGCUGAUGUUAAUGGUGAAAUACUUUUUGUACCUUGUUGCUGAAAAUAUUUUUGCGUUUCAGCACAUCAAGUUACAAUAAAGUUGUUACUUAUACAGAA